AGCGUUCCAAUGAAGCGGUCUCAUACACCUCCGGCGAACCUGACAAAUGGCGCCCUGCGCUUACUGUCCCAGGAGCUUGGUAAAGGUAGUGCGGUGAUGUUGUCAGCGGCAGUCCUGGAGCUACCCAGCCCCGGGUUGCGGGGGCCCAGGCAGCAUGAUGGCCACAGGUUGGGAUCACAGAGUGAAGCCCCAGUGUCGGAGAGCAGAACUGGCGGCACCGUCAAAGUGUAUCUUCCAAACCAGCAAAGGACAGUGGUGAACGUCCGACCUGGAAUGACAGUCUACGAUUCCCUGGAUAAGGCUCUAAAAGUGCGCGGUUUGAAUCAGCAGUGCUGUGCAGUCUACCGCCUUUUACAUGGGCGAAAAACUUUAACAGACUGGGAGACGGAUAUCACCCCACUGGUAGGUGAGGAGUUGAUGGUGGAGGUUCUCGCUGAUGUCCCUCUAUCUAUGCACAAUUUUGUGAGGAAAACACAUUUUAACCUGGCAUUCUGUGACUUCUGCCUAAAAUUCCUAUUCAACGGUUUCCGCUGUCAAACAUGCGGUUACAAAUUUCACCAGCACUGCAGCAGUAAAGUGCCCACUGCCUGUGUGGACAUGGCCAAACUGCCCAAGCCGGCAGGCAGUUUUCCGGACUUCUCGUUCUACCCUGAUCAUUCCCCUGGCAUUAUCCAUGAACCCUACACCCCGCAGCCAUCCACCAGG